ACUCACGUACUGCGUAACGUUAACGUUAUCAAUAUUUGUUUUUACCAAAUGUUAUCAAAAUAAUAAAAACAUUGUCCUCAUAAUAGAGGUCUAGUUGUUCGAGAAUAAAUUUCACUUAUUAAUGUAAUAGUAAACUGUAGUGUUGUCUUCUUUGCAAUAAAAUCGUGUGCAAACAUACUUGACAAGGAAUGGACAAUUGAUUAGAUUAAUUUUCUUUGUUCGGAUCUUACUGUGCAGUCACUAUGAAAUUACUGCUGCUAGUUCUUAUAGUAAAAUCAGUGGCAGUGGCAAGUGAUCCUCGCGUAGACCCUGGGUAUGACUGCGAUUACUGCCAGCCGGAACAGGUGCAUAUAUCUUUCGGAACAAAGACCAACAACAUAGUAGUAACAUGGACCACAUACAACGACACGCGAGAGUCGCGCGUUCAGUACGGACAAGGGGCUAUGGACCAAGAAGCAGUGGGACACAGCACAUUGUUCACAGACGGCGGCAAGCUCCGGAGGAAGAUGUGGAUACAUCGCACACUGCUGCCAGAUCUAAAGUUUAACACUAGAUACGUGUACCAUGUGGGGUCGGUGUAUGGAUGGUCAGAGAUGUUCACGUUCAAGACUCCGCCCAGCGGAGAGGACUGGGUGGUGCGGGCCGCGAUAUAUGGCGAUAUGGGCAACAAAAAUGCGCACUCUAUGUCGUAUCUGCAAGACGAGGUGCAGCGCGAGCACUUCGACGUGAUCCUGCACGUCGGCGACUUCGCGUACGACAUGGACACGGAUGACGCGCGCGUCGGCGACGAGUUCAUGCGCCAGCUGCAGCCGCUGGCCGCCUACCUGCCCUACAUGACGUGCCCCGGCAACCACGAGUCCAAGUACAACUUCAGCAACUACCGCAACCGGUUCUCGAUGCCGGGCGCCGCCUCCAGCCUGUACUACUCGUUCGACCUGGGCCCCGUGCACUUCGUGUCCAUCUCCACCGAGGUGUACUACUUCCUGCAGUACGGCCUCAAGCUGCUGGUCAACCAGUACGAGUGGCUGCGGCGGGACCUGGAGCAGGCCACUAGGCCCGAGAACAGGGCGCGGCGGCCGUGGCUCGUGCUGUACGGGCACCGCCCCAUGUACUGCAGCAACUCGGACGACAUCGACUGCAGCGUCGAGUACACGAGGAAAGGGCUGCCCUUCCUCGGCAUGUACAGUUUGGAGCCGCUCCUGAAGGAGUUCGGCGUGGACCUGGUGAUAUGGGCGCACGAGCACAGCUACGAGCGCACGUGGCCGCUGUACGACGGACAGGUGUACAAGGGCCUGCAGGAGCCCUAUUUGAACCCCAGAGCUCCGGUGCACAUCGUGACCGGCUCGGCCGGCUGUCAGGAGGAUACUGACAAAUUCCAACCGCAUCCCCCGGCGUGGUCCGCGUUCCGCUCCAGCGACUACGGGUACACGCGCUUUGCGGCGCACAACCGCACGCACCUCUACAUCGAACAGGUGGAUGUGGACCUCAAGGGACAGGUCAUAGACUCCUUGUGGAUAGUAAAGGACCUGCACGCGCCCUACGACCUUUAACUGUGCCACCGACAUUGUAAUAUAGUGGAUAGUAGAGUCCUUUUCAUGAAAAAUGUCCCGCGGCUAAAGGCUGAACUAAAAUUGACAGCGCCUUACAUAAAUGACAAUAAGACCGCCGACCGACAUUACUAAAUGAUAAUAAAUAAAAUUAAGCCAAUCCAAUGUCAUGUUUUAAUUAAAGCCGUUUCUGAAAGAACCACAGACAUUGUGUAAUUUAAACGGCUUGAAUUAAAACAUCACAGUGAGGAAAAGGACGGUUAUUAGCUAGACGGUAUCUUUCUUGAAUCAUCAUAUAACUUACUAUUCACGGGUCACUUUUUAAUGUAGGGUUUGAAUACACCCAGGAAUAUUCUUAUGAAAAUCUUAUGUAUGUCUGUCUGAAAGUCUUAUAAGGCUAUGAAUAAUGUCGUGGCAAACUAUAAUAGGUUAGUUGACACUUUUUUUUAAUGGUCUUAAAUUGUUAUGUUGUAUCGUUCUACUAGAUUGAAAAAAUAUAUAAAUAUAAAUUAAUUAAUAUCGAUAUAUAAUAUAAAUUAAUUAAUAUCGAUAUAUUUCGGAUCCUUAUUCCAUUUACUACUUAGUGUAGUAAUUGAAAUUAAAAUUGUUUAAAUUAAUUAUGUUUGAUAUGAGUCAACUAUCGUAUUGCGUUUGACGCGAUGCAAAUGGGUUCAUUCCACAUCAUCAUAUUUUUUAUAGCAAGCACUUACUGUCUUACAGACGAGAAAUAUUUAGAGCUUAAAUACACCACGCUGCGCCAAAGUGUUGGUGGUGGUGGGCUCGUAAUAAGUGUACUUUAUUAGUUUAUUUUUUUUUGUUACCAGUAAAAAUGGGUAUAUUAUAGUAUAGGGAUUUAUGUAUUUUAUGAAUUCAACUCGAUUAUUUUUGGAAAUGUAAUCUGUUCAUACCAAAGAUAUUAUUAUUUGAAACUGGAUUUGGUCUUAAAGAGUUCUUAUAUUAAAUGUGAUAUUUUGAAUAAAUUUGGUACAAUUAGCA